AUGGCGCGAUCAUUUGCAGAUAAUAACGCAAUACCCAAAGGCUGGCGUACUCGACACCCGGGAUCUGCCAUGUGGAUCGUCAUCGCUAUCUUUCGGGGCUUUUUAGAGGCAAUUUUCUACAGUAUCUACUACAUCCCGAGCCCUUUGCGCCAGAGUCCAACGUGGGCCUACCGUCAGGCCUGUAUGACACGGCUUCUGGAGAGAGUCUUUCAUAUUAUCACGGAAAUUGGUUUCACGCAAUCUUUGAGCCUAGAAGCGGGCAAACUCGGCGAUCGCUGGGUGACUAUAGACCCAGCGCCAGCGUCCGCAUAUUACGGCGACUUCGCAAGUGACACUAUCAAACCAGAGACGGUCGGCGGUACCUGGUAUCCAAGUCUACCAUUGAAACAGUCGCUGCUAGAAGAACAAGGCCUAGUGGUUUUAUCCUUUCAUUCUGGCUCGCUCCUAUGGCUGACUGGACGGCCGGAGGACUCAGGCCCCACUGCAACUAUGCUGAAUAACAGUCUGGGCAACAAUACUCGCUCUUUUUGGCUGCAGUACCGUCUCGCCGGUGGCACAUACAUCUACCUCACCAAAGACAUGGGAAUAUCCCCAUCGCGCAUUGUUCUCGCAGGCGAUUCCACAGGCUCGACUAUUGCAGUCGCGCUGUUGCGCUAUCUUGCCUCUAUCAAGGAGGUAAAAGAUCAUGAGCUUGCCGAGCUUCCACCUCCAAAGGCAUGUCUUUUGUUUUCGCCCUCGGUCGAGUAUUGCUUCGAAGGUGAUCCGGAGGCUGUCAGCGCAAAUAGGAAUAUUAAGACCGAUUAUGUCGAGGCGCGUAUGAUGGCAUGGGGUGCAAGGGCAAUUGCGUUACCUGAGACCGUGCGACUGGAUGAUCCGUAUAUCUCUCCAGCGCUGCAUCCAUUUGCUACCCCGGUUCCAAUUUUCGUUCAGGCGGGUGGCGCGGAGGUUCUCGCUGAUAGUGUUCGUGGAUUUGCCACCGCGAUGAGCUCUGUCCCGGGCAAUGUGGUAGAACAUUUUGAAGUUCCAGAUGUGCCACAUGAUAUUUAUGCUGUGGGCGCUAUUCUCGGAUGGCCGAAGGAGCAAGAAGAGAUCCAUGAAGCUGCGGCCAGAUUUGUUCUACAAUGA